UAGUCGCGGCGUCCAGUUCAGAGUCAGUUUGUCAGUAUUGUCGAGCGUAAUUGGUUGCGUUUUUUCUGAAUCACCACAAUAAUAAUAAUUUAAGAUACAGCGAACAGCCUUCAGCCUCUGGCAGCAGCAGUAGUAACUGCAGUGCAUUGAAGGAAGUGGUAGUGCUAGCAAACGAUUUACGGGAGCCCGAAGGAAGAAAAGGUGGAAAUUGUGUUCACCACAUAAAACGACAUCAAAAAAAAAAGACGAAGGUACGGAGGAAAGCAGCGAAUGAGUCGAUUUAUACAGCGUUUGGUCUAUUUCGCGUAAUCUUUGCCUGUCUGCAACAACGAUCUGGCUGUGCAUUCAUUGUAGUGCUUUUGCUACGACGCAGCGCAACGCAAUCACCGAGAAGUGGGAUAAUUAGGACUUGUACGGUGAUUCGGAACGUGAGAGUGAUCGUGAUCGUGAAGAAACGGGUUGAGGAAGUUGUUUGUAUCGAAUCAUUCCCCGAUCUGGCUGAACGGGUGCGGCAGAGGCAAAUCCGAGCAAGAAGCGAACGACCGGUUGAAAACCUACUGAGCUGAGAAGUAGUUGAUCCAAAAACAGAACUUGCUGUUCGAAACACGCUGAUUUGGAGCUCUCGAUUCCAGUUAACCAGCUGGAGCGGUUAGUGGUUAUUGUCGUUUGUUGUCCCGGAGCUCGUGAGCUGGUGUACUUCGCGUAGGCGUUUUUAGACCCGACCCGACAUUGAUUUUGUUUUCACUUUUCCAUUUCGUUGGCCAAAUUUGGCCAUUAUAUCUAGAGUGACAUUCAGGUAAUCAUUAGACAAUCGUGGGCAGUGUCAGUGAUCUGGUCAACAUUGGGUGUCGUGUACGCGAGUGUACACAUAUCGGGGUGCCAGCUGUGUCCAAUACGAACCUCAAUCUCACUUGACGACGAAGCCGGCCCCGUCACCGUCGUGACCUUCGAUACCGUGUGUGCGCAUUGCACUACUGACAACUUUUCGUGAAUGAUCGUCACAAUUGCUGACCGUAUAGUGUGACGGGAAAAAUUAGUGAAUUCGAAAGUUUGCUUUUACCCACUGUAGUACAUGAAGUGAUAACACUACGGAUCCAUUAGCUGGAGAGCAAAUGCUGCUCGUGCCGCUUUUCCAAAGAUAAAAAGGGAGCCAAGUGGGAAAAUAUUAUUGAGCUGCGUUGAAAUUUGGUUUCGUUUCGUGGAAGCAAAAGAAGAAAUAAAACGUACAUAUCUUGUGUAUGUACAACCAAAAUAUAUCGGUGUGCUCGCGGGAAGUAAAUUUGUAGUUAGUACCGCACCAGAAGCACGGCAUUUCUGGUUUUCUUUCUCUUGAUUCACGAUCAAACACAUAGAGUCACCGUGAUUAUUUGUCGCCGUCGUUCUCGUAAUCGUUGUCGCAGUCGACGAUAUCGCACCCAGCAGGGGUGUGAGUGAGAAGUGAGAUCGCUCGGAAGCAGAAGCACCGAAGAAAACAGAUUCAAUAGCGAAAUCAUCAUAAUCGAGCAGGAGAAGAAUAAAUACCAAUAACAACGUCGGAGUUGAUUUUUCAUUGCCGUUUCUCGCGUCUAUAUCUGUGUGUGCAUUAGCAAGCCAGCCAGUUGUUAGCCGCUAGCGCCCCUCGUCGACCCUAUCGGCCCACUGUACGUUGUGUUCGUUUUUUUUCCUGUGGAUCGGAUCAUCGAAAAUUUGUUUUCAUGAUAUCUGCUUGGAUAAAUCCCUACAAUGAGAAGUGUGGAACUUUGAAAGUUCCCGACUCCCACAACCAGCGGAUCAUGGACGGCUACCAUGUGCAGAUUCAGGACGGCAGUAACGGAAGCUACAACCACCACAACGGCACCUACCAGAAGCACAGCCAUCAACAGUCACAUGUCCAGCAGCAGCACCAUCAGAUGCACCAUAGCCACAACCAUCAGCACCACCAGCACCAACACAUUCAUGCCCAUCAGCAUCACAACAGCACCGUCGGCUAUACGACGCUAAGCUAUGCCGGUUCGGAUGCGGGCUUCGUGUCACCUCCUCCGUCACCACGUUCCAAUAGUUCGCUAGUGUCCUGCUCCUCCUCUUCCUACUCGACAGCUUCAUCCUCUUCCGUUUCGUCGUCAUCGGCCGUUUCGUCGGCAGCGUCCACCUCUUCCGGGCUGUCGUCAGCGGGCUCGGAGAAUGGAUCGUCCUAUGAGAAUCUGGACAAUUCGGCCCAACGAUUAGCGGUGUUGUCGUUCGAGCAGGUGAGGAAGCUGAACGAUGUGAUGAACGAACCGGUCGCGAUCCAUGGCCGUGGAAACUUUCCAACGCUGGAGGUUCGCCUAAGGGAUCUGGUGAAUAUUGUGCGUGAAAAGUUGGAAACCGAUAUCGCUUCCGGUGGAGCCGGAAUGACAGUGAAAGACAUUCGGCUAAAUGGAGGCGCUGCUAGUCACGUGCUGGCUUCGGAAGCACAGCCAUACAAUGAUUUGGACUUGAUCUUCGCUGUAGAGUUUAGCUCAAACAGACACUUCGACCGAGUAAAGUCGGCUGUGUUGUCUUCACUGUUGGAUCUGCUGCCGGAAGGUGUGGUGAGGAGGAGGAUAACGCAGUGCUCACUGAAGGAAGCGUAUGUUGGCAAGAUGGUGAAGGUUAACAACGACGGUGACCGUUGGAGUUUGAUCUCGCUCGGCAACUCGCCAGGGCACAAGAACGUCGAGCUGAAGUUUGUCGAUACGAUGCGUCGACAGUUCGAAUUCAGCGUCGAUUCGUUCCAAAUUGUGCUGGACUCGCUACUGCUGUUCUACGAUUGCACCGAGAAGCCCAUGAUUACCGAAAAUUUCUAUCCGACCGUGGUUGGGGAGUCGGUUUACGGCGAUUUCCAGGAAGCUUUGUACCACUUACAGAAGAAGCUGAUAUCGACGAGGCAACCGGAGGAGAUUCGUGGCGGAGGAUUGCUCAAGUAUUGCAACUUACUCGUGAGGCAAUAUAUUCCCGUUGAUCCUCAAAAGAUUAAGACUUUGGAACGUUAUAUGUGCUCAAGGUUCUUUAUUGAUUUUCCGGACAUCGAACAGCAGAGGAUCAAGCUGGAGAGCUAUCUGCGGAACCAUUUCUGGGGCGAGGUGGAGGAACAUCUGCAGUACCAGUACCUGAUGCAUUUAUACGAGGUCGUAGAACAGAGUACGGUCUGCCUGAUGGGUCACGAGCGUCGGCAAACGUUAAUGCUGAUCGAGUCGCUGGCGAUGCAAGUCUACUACCGUGACCAGCAGCAGAACCAGGCUACAAUUAUUACCGCUGCGAGUGCGAUACCACAGCACGCCACCACUCUACAACUGCAACCACUUCAGACUCAGCUCUCCCAGAUGAGCUUACAACCUCAGCCACACUCCCCAGUACAGCAGACUGUCAUCCACCAUCACCACGCGCAGACUUCUCCUCAGACGCAAACCCUGCAGCUGCAGCAUCCGCAGGCGCAACCUCCGCCAGGGGGACAAGUUCAACCGCAACCACAGACUAUCUCUCUUGCACCGCAGCCCGCUGGUCUCCUCUAUGCCAAUGGAAUCUACUACGCUCCAGUCAUCCCAACGACGCUCUGCACAUGCAACACGACAUGGCUAACGACGUGAUCGGCCAUGGAGGAACACGCCACCAGUAGCAUCAAUACCACCACUACUACAACCACCAACAACAACAUCAACAACUACAGUAACAACAGCAGUACUCCAUCGUCACUGCUAGUGGGAUCGAUUAUUAGCUUCACCACCACCAACGCCCAGAACACCAGCGCACCGCUAGUGGCAACUUUUGACCCACUAUCGACCGAACAGCGACCCGAAUUCUACGUAUCGGACCGCAGUAGUCGUUGCUUAAGAAAUGUGUUAGUAUCGGAACGAUGAUCACAAGGAGAGUAAGCAAACAAUAAAAUACUUACACAUGCACAGGUGUAAUCUAAUCGCAGCAAUGCGGAAGAAGAAAAAGAAAAAAAACAUGCAUUUUGAAGAUCAAAAAACUGUAAUUAUGAAACAUUGUUAAUAUUCGACUUUACGUAACAUAAGUACAAUCGAUUAGUGGUUGGAAGUUCUUGCCAAAGAUAUGAAGUUGUAGACAGACACACACACACACUUUAUAAGAGCAACAGUAGAAACAAUGGCGUCGUUUGUCUUAAAUUUUUGAUUUCAAACCCCUCCAAGUUAUAUAAUAUUGUGGUUGCACAACAAAACCAAACAAUCACUGUAGCUUAUAUAAAGAUAACAUAAACAGAACCAAUGUUAACUGAACUUACGACAGCAAAAUGUACAAAAUGUGUAAAAAAUUAAAGAAAACUAAUAUUUAUCUCGCUUCUGCAGUAGUAGCAUGUGUGCGUAUUUUACUAAGUAGCGAGUUGUAAGGCGCGACUUUCAAGCGAAAAUUUUUAACUCUGAGUGUCGAUUACCAAUACCAAUACCAAUACCAAUAUGAAUGUUUAGCACUAGCUGAUAGGUCGUAUUGAGCAGUUAACUAACGACGACGUUCACACCCCGGAGGGUUGUAGAUUUGUAAAUUCGAUCAAUUUUUCUGGUUGAAAGCUCCCUCCUCCCUUUCGGUGCUGAAGCUGCAAGGGUCGAUUGCCUCACAAAUAAUAAGAGAAAAAAAAAAUAACAAAGCAAUUAAACAAAUGUGUUGGUAUUCAACAGAGAAGCAAGAUCGUGAAAUUAGGACGUACCUCUUCUAACAUUUUUUGGUAUGAGGUCAGUAAGGCCAAUUAGUUGCUCCUUCCCAAUCUUUCCAGCUGUCCAUCCUCUCUCUGUUUGAUGAAAAAUUCAAAAAUUACAGCCAUAACCAAGCCCCCAAAAUAAAAAAAAAAACAGCUUGGCUGUCGAUGAUGUAUUACGUAAGCGCCACUGUUUCACUGUUGCAAGGAUAAUUUAGUGCUUUUGUUUUUGUAAAUCGUUAAUCAAUCGAUGAUGACGAGAAAUGCAAUCAAACCGAUCAGAACCUACCUUUACGUACGGUUCGCAAACAAGAAAGAAAAGAAAAGAAAAAAAAACGCUGGUAGGCAGAAGGCCGUAUUAAAAUGCAAUUUUCGAUUUCCAACUGAAUUAUGCAACCCAUCAAGUCUCGAUCGAUUGCUGCCUGCCUGCUUCGAUGGGAGGAAAUAAAUGGCUUCAAUUAUAAUUUGAGAAACUAACGCUAAGAAGGCUAAAGGAAACUGCUUACUAAGUUCAGGCUAUUAUAAUGAAGUUUACGCUGUGAUUUUAGUUUGUGUUUUUUUUUGUGUCGUUCAAGUUUUUUUCCUUUACAUGGAAUUGAAACCAAUCGUUAGUGUUAAGCCAAUUGAUUGGUUUUUUUUUGCCGCUGGUGUUUGAUUGUGUGCGUUUAAUUUGUGCCUCAAGGAUGGCAAACUGAGUGUGAAAUCGUUCGGAUUUUGAUUCGAUUAGUCACCAAGCCGUACUGCAACAAGAAGUGCCAAUUGGAAAGGACGAAUUGUGUGCAAGGUCGAUAAAUCAAAUUCAACAAAAAGGUGUUUUUCCCUGUUUGCACAACGAAAGUUGGAGGAGUUAUUUUGCUUUGAAAUAAUAUUGAUGAAUUUAAACUAUUCUAGUCGAAAAUGAGUUCCUUGGCUUAGGAAACAUUUCACAUGAAGAAAUAGAGAGAUGUAACAUCAUAGCAAAGACAUAAAAAUGCAUGACAGCGUAAAUAUGUAAUAUCCUUUUUCUUCGGAGAGGCACUAGUUCGCUUGAAGUUUUCUAAAAGUAAAAAUAAAACAAUUAUCGACUUGGUAACACAAUUUUUUAGUUUUGAUAAUCGAUUUAGAAAAACAGCAGAUGAGCAAUGAACAAUUCCACCUCAAAUGAAACAUUUCUCGACACAUUAAAUGUUUCAAGAAAAAUUUCAUGACACAUGCGUUACGUAUGAAAAAUUUCACUACAAUUUAAAUUAAAUUUAAUUUAGAGGGGAACAAAAGGUUAUGCCUAUCGAAAUUGUUUAUGGUAAAAAAAAUCGACGCAUUUGUACAAAUUGUUCGCAACAUUUUUUACUGGAUUUUCGUUUUCUUUUAAUCCGCAAUUUGAUAGUGAAGGUGGCCUAAAGUCGAUAUUUUCGGAUUUAACUAAUUUACCAAAACUAAAUUUGCGUUUUACUGACGGAAUCACUGAAUACCAGCAAUAUUUAGGAGCCUUAAAAUCAAGACAGAAAGAUUUCUCUCAACAUAAUAAAAAUAUAUAUAUAUAUAUAUAUAUAUAUAUAUAUAUAUAUAUAUAUAUAUAUAUAUAUAUAUAUAUAUAUAUUAUAUAUAUAUAUAUAUAUAUACAUAUAUAUAUAUAUAUAUAUAUAUAUAUAUAUACGCAAAAAAUUGGAACGAUCUUUUGGUAAAAUGUAUCUAUCAUCUCAUGUAUGCUAAUGAAGGCACAGGCACAAAACAAAAUAAUUGGUUAGGAAAAAAAAGAUGCAACGAGCUUCCUUCCUUCCAACCCGUCUAAACUAGCAUGAUGCGACAAACAGAGAAUCAAAACAAAAAUCAAAAGAACAAAAAAUAGUGAGUGAUGAUGGAACUAUUCCGACGAUGGUGGACCUAAGAGUGUAGUAGCUAACGAGCGAGAUAGUUGUUGAAAAAGGCUGUGUUAAUUCCUUCUUUGUAUAUCGUUUGUAAGUGAGAAUAAUUACACCGAUAUGUAUCUGUCAAAAUUCAUUUGAUCAGGUGCGCUUUUCCGAGCGUACGUUCGUUUUUCUUCUCGGUUUCGUAUUUUGUUUUUUACCUAUCAGGAUAGCGAGAAGUGUGAAUGUUUCAAGGUGAAACAACUUUAUACGAGAAUAGAAAAAAAUAAUUAAAGAGUUCAAGAGACUGUCCAAUUUGUUCGGAAACUGAAAGCCGUCUUGAUUAGUAAAAGCAAAAGUGUUGAUCCCAUUGUAGAUAAUUUUAAACACACGAGCUUCGCUGGCAACACUGAUGCGACAGAACUGCGGUACCGUUGUCUAGUUUCGCCAGCUGAAGUGACUUAGUAACUGUACUAUGAAGGAAGCUGUGCACAGUGCGAUACAGAGAGAAUUGCCGAUUUGAGCUAAGCUUUAAAGCUUGCAAUAGAAGCGGCAGAUGCGACCUGGUUCGCAGACUCCAACUCAAAAUAACUAAAAAAAGAAAGAAGAGAAAACGAGUUUUAAGCUAUGUUAUUACUAUGUAGAUGAUUACAUUCUCUGUGAUUGAAAAUACGAAAAUAAAAGAAAAAUCGAAAAAUGUAAAAACCUUAUCAUAAAAAUCAUUUUUUUGAUUUAUUGUAACUACAAUUCAGAAGUUUAAUUCAUUUUACUUAUAAAAUAAUAAGAUGCGAUAAUGAACGAAAUGAUUUUGCAAGACAUACAUGAAUUACUAUAUAGUUUUAUUCGACCAUUUAAAUAAGUUAUGAUUCACAUGCUGAUUAAUUCAUAGAUUUAAACCCCGCAAGCUUUGUGGAGAAAAUAUGAAGAAGAAGAAACUAAAAAGCAAACUUACAGGAAAAAAAACAAUGCUUAGUAAUAGUUGGUUUGUGUCUGGAAUAAAGGAAAAACCAAACAAAAUCUGGCGAACCUUGUUUUUUCCCGUUGCCCUCUGAAACGCUCUCUCUUCUCCAUCAAAAAAUUCGGCUAGCAGUUAGUCGAAUCUUUCCACAACCUUCUUCUGUCCGAUGGCACACAAAACGCACCGAAUGCAAUUACACGUGAUUCAGCUAGUUAAGAAAAGUUUGGGAAACUUUUCGGCCGGAGUAAUGAAAAAAGAAAAAUGAUAAAUAUUCGUUAAACGCCGAUUGCAUUUGUGGCCCUCUCUGUGUCUUCUUAUAGCGCGAAAUCACAUGAAUCCCAAGAGACGAGAGAUUAUUCCAUCUAUCGGUGAAGCAAUCAACUCACAAAUACUGGCAAACUACAUUUUCCGAUGACCAUCACGCUACCUAUCAUCUCAGAAGCUUGUUUGGAGCCUCUCUUCCAUCGAAAAAAAAAACAAUAA